AUGUUUUCUGAUAAUGGAACCAACUUUGUUGGAGCCAACCGCUUACUUGCUGAAGAAUAUACUCAAUUCCUACAAUCCGCUGAACAACAUCUGGUGGAAAAAUAUAAUAUACAUGGUUUCUCUUGGCACUUUAUCCCGCCCCAAGCACCACAUAUGGGUGGCAUCUGGGAAGCGGCGGUAAAAAGUAUGAAAACUCAUCUCCGAAAAGUUGCAGGACAUUUAAAAUACACUUACGAAGAGUUUUCUACACUCUUAGUAAGAAUCGAAAGCAUACUGAAUUCCAGACCAUUGUCCCCGAUAAACGAAGAUCCAUCUGAGUUAGUGCCAUUAACUCCAGGUCAUUUGUUGCGAGGUGCUCCUCUUAUGGCUAUACCAGAACAAUUCUCAGACAACCUGUCGUUGAUGAAUAGAUGGCAAAGACUAAAGACUCUUCAACUACACUUUGCCCAACGCUGGAAAAAUGAAUAUAUUACAGAGCUUCAACGUAGAUACAAAUGGAAGAAAACUCAACGAGAUUUAAAACCUGAUGAUUUCGUCGUUAUAAAAGAGGAUAAUCUACCUCCUACUGAAUGGCGGCUUGGACGCGUUGUUAAGGUGUUUACGGGUAAAGAUUUCAAAGUUCGCGUUGCGGAAAUCCGCACGCAAAAUGGAAUCAUUAUACGCCCUGUUGUUAAACUUUGCAUUCUACCUAACUGUUAG